AUGUCGAUGAAUGAUCAGAAGGUGCUAAUAGUCCAAGAUGAUUUCUGGAAAAUUUGUACCGCUUCCAUCAAACAAGUCCUUCGAGGUUCGUGGCUUCAGACUGGUGGCAAAAUGAAGCUGCUUGUUAUCGUUCAGGCGUUCAAGAAUUCUACGGGAUGUGGAGCACUGUGUUGUGACAGCAAAUUGCAUUCAAAUGCAACAACCAAUAAGAAAAAAGAAGACGUAGAGGAAGAAAUUCAAGAAAAGAUGGCCGAAUAUUCAGAAGAUGCAGCGAUUUCAGAGAUACUGAAGCUAGCUGAAAUGCAACAGGUUCAAUUUGAAAUAGCAGUGGAGGCGGGCAAGCUGAAAGAGGUUGCUGUAGAAUAUGCCAAGAGGUUUGAGGCAACACAUGUGAUCCUUCAUAGGCAACUCAGAAAACAUCAAAAAUACUUCAUGGACAACUUGAGUUGUGGCAUUUUAAGAAUGAAACAUGAUUACAGUAUUGAGGCGAUAAGAGAAGUCAAGGCAGAUGAGCAGGGGAGCCUUCUCAAUCGCGAAACAUUUGAACAACGAGAAAAUGCAUUUGAAAAUUACAUCUGUACCUUGUGCAAGAAUAUAAGACCAUGGAUUGGACAAAAGGACCUAACUUAUGCUGAGCUGCAACUUGCAACUAAUGGGUUUGCCUCACAAAACUUGCUACCCGAUCAAGGAAAGAAAACAUAUAGAGGUCAAUUGAAUGGCUGGCACAAAAUUAUGGUAUGGGAGCACCCUUCGGAAACAAUCAAAGAGAAGGAAUUUAAGAUGGAGAGUCACAUUCUAGGGAAAGUCGGACAUGAGAAUGUGGCCAUAUUCUUAGGUUCAUGUUCAGAAGGAUCACACAGGCUGCUUGUCUAUGAGUACGUUUGUAAUGGUUCUCUGAACAAAUAUUUGUCAGAAAAAAGCAGAAAAUUAACAUGGGAAAGAAGAAUAAAUAUUGCAUAUGGAGCGGCAAAAGGUUUAGAAUAUCUGCAUAGAGAAAGGAUUUAUGGAAGCAUGAGGCCAAACAACAUACUCGUCACCCAUGAUUAUCAGCCACUGCUUUCAUAUUAUGGUCUUGCUACAAUUCAAUAUGAGGCCUUAGGUCAGUCCUCCAACACCAUGGCGCUGAGGACAUUAGAAUACUUAGCACCAGAAUAUGCACAAAGUGGAAUAGACAUGAGCAAAGCAGAUGUCUAUUCCUUUGGGAUUGUUCUUCUCGAGCUGAUUACUGGCCGAAAGACUCUUGAAGAUACAAAGGGGCAAAGCUUCUUGAGAUGGGCGAGACCAAUUCUGAGAGAGAGAAAGUACAUGGAACUGAUAGAUCCUGCAGUGCAAGAUUCUGUUGACCUUUACCAGUUGUUUUGGAUGGUUCAUGUAGCAGACCAAUGUCUCGAGUGGGAUCCUAAGUUGAGAAUGUCAAUGCAUGAGGUGCUGAUGGCUAUGACAUGCAAAAUUAAUCGCUGA